CUAACUUUAGUGAUGUGGAAGAGCAUCGCAAAGCGCAAAAAAAUUAUAUUUAUGUCUCUUCUCCAUAUUAAGCAGUAGUAAACAAUAAACAGAAGAUCUACACCAAUGAGUGAGGAAAUAGAAGAGAGUUUUGCUAUAUGUGAUGAAUGUCUCGGUAGUUCUGAUGAUAUUAAGAUGAUAAAACAGGCCAAUGGUGCUGAGUGUAAACUUUGUACCAGGCCAUGUACUGUGUUUAGAUGGAAUGGUAAGUCAUCAUCAAGACGUUCUGGUAAGACAGUUAUUUGUUAUACAUGUGCAAGAGAAAAGAACUGUUGUCAAAGUUGUAUGCUUGACAUAAACUAUCAUAUCCCUAUUGAUAUAAGAGAUACUGCUCUUCGUUUGGCUGGAAUAAGUAAUUCUCAAAAAUUCCUUACGGGACCAACGAAGAACUCCGAAGCGAAAGCCAUAUUAGCAGACAAAAACGAACAGAAGUUUAAAGAUUCCGAUGAAAAUAUAGAUGAAGAAGAUUCACUGGAAAAGAAGGCUCGAGAGAUUCUCUCCAAAUUGGGUGAAAAGUUGAAGAAUGCUACUAGGAAAGCUCCAAAGGAUGAUAAAUCAAAGAAUGAUCUCAACCCAAAGCUAAAUGCUGAUAUAUCCAAGUUACUAUCAAAAUUACCCUUUGGUGGAAAUUUACAACUGCAAAAGAAUCCCGACUUAACAUCCUUCUUUUUAUUUGGCUUCAAUACUGACUUACCAAUAUAUGCUGUUUCUAAUUAUGCCAAUAGGUUUGGUAAAAUUAAAUCUUUAACCAUCAUUCAUAAGGCUAAAUGUGGAUUUAUAACUUUCACUACCAGACUGGCAGCAGAAAAGUUUGCAGAAGAUAUAUCUAAUAAUGGAUUAAAUCAAAAUGACUCUACCGCUGGAAUUGUCAUAUUCGAAGGCAAUCACCCUUGUAGAGUUAGUUGGGGUAAAGUACAACCCUUAGGAACUUCAAAUCAAGAGCACGCAAAAUUGAGUAUUGUAGUCAGUAAAGUUUUAAAGCAAUUAGCAGAAAAAGAUAUAAAACAGGAUAAGAGUCGUAAUAUCACAGACAAAACAUCACAACGUCAAUUACCAUCUACAGGAGCUCAAAAGAAGAUCAAGAACUCAAAAUCCAACAAUAACCAAUACAAAUCUUUAAGAUCUGACUAUGAAAUAUGACAAAUUGCCAGGUGCGAUUUUCAAAGAAAAAUGAUAAUUGUGUAUUGUUAAAUGUAAAUAGAUGCAUUAUAUAU